AUGACCAGCCUUGUUAGACUAUAUUCUACUUAUUUGAGUGUUCGGUUUAGGAAUAUUCAACACCGAGUGAUUCCUAUCUCGGCGAAGCUUAAUAAUGCGGCCAGGUGUAAGUAUACUGAUACUAGCAAAUAUAAAGAUUUCAAAGGGAAGCACAAAGCCGCAGCAGUACAAGCUAAUCCGUAUGGAGAGGUAGGCCUAGAUGAACUAAAUUUAGAGGACGCGGUCUACGAUGCGGUUGCCAAUAGUGUCAUGCAUGUACAAACAAAGCUUCAAAGCGAACAAAAUGUGCUAAUUAUUCAACCUUAUGUAAAAUGGGGACCGAAGAAAAGUGCCAGUCAGCCGGAGCAUCAACUACAGGAAGCCGAAGCACUCGUACGGUCUGUGCCAAAAUGGAGCGUCGAACAUGGUAUGAUGGUUGCGCUAGAAUCGUUGGACAAAAAACAUUUAUUUGGCAGUGGAAAAUUGGAUGAAAUUAAAUCUGCUAUCGGAGCUAUGCGUGCUUCUGGGACGUCAAUAACCUGCAUCUUCAUUAGCAAAGGUACAUUAAAAUUUGGCCAGAAACAAUUUUUAGAACAUUAUUUCAAAAUCCCCGUGAUGGACAGAUACUCGAUAGUGAUACAAAUUUUACGCUUGCACGCCUUUAGCACAGAAGCGAAGCUACAAGUAGCAAUGGCGGAGAUUCCUUAUAUUUGGUCACAGGUGAAGGAACACGAAGCAGGAUGUUCUGCAAACCGCGUCUAUCUCACGGAAUCCCAAAAACAAAUGCUACGCCAGCGUGAACGUAAACUAAAAAAUGAGCUGACCACAAUCAGAUCCCAUCGAGAAUUGCUACGGAACAAACGUAAGCAGAAAGCUUAUCCAAUUGUGGCCGUCGUGGGGUAUACAAAUGCGGGAAAAACAUCCCUCAUUAAAGCUCUCACAGGGGAAAAAUCUCUCGAGCCAAGAGAUCAGCUGUUUGCCACGUUGGAUGUUACAGCACAUGCUGGUGUGCUUCCGUGCCAAUUAGAGGUUCUUUUUAUGGAUACUGUUGGCUUCAUGUCUGAUAUUCCUACCGGGCUCAUAGAGUGCUUUGUGGCAACGCUGGAGGAUGCGAUGCUUGCGGAUGUGAUCGUUCAUGUGCAGGAUGUCUCACAUACAAACUUCGUCGAACAGAAGAAACACGUGGAGCAUACUCUAGCAUCACUGUUGAGAUCUAGCGGUGUCAACGAACUGAACAGUGAUAACGUGAUCAAUGUUGGUAACAAGACUGAUCAACUUAAAGAUCGCAGUAACCUUAAACUGUACGCUGAUCUACACCUGGUCUCGUCGAAAACACAAAUUGGAAUUAAUGAUCUGUUGUUAGAAAUCGAACGGAAAAUUUUAAAAAACACUGGCCGUCAGAAAAUUGUUGUCCGAGUACCGAUGGGUAGCCAGGAGGUGGCCUGGUUAUACAAAAAUGCAGCUGUGACGGGCACUACUGCCGACCCCCAGAACAAUCAGCAGAUGCUUGUGAACGCCAUCAUUACGGAUGCCAAGUUGCAACAGUUCAAGCAUAUUUUUAUAAAGCGAAGCAGAAAUAAAAUUUAA